UGAGCGGAAAGAUGUCGGCUCCGGGCCGGGAGGAGCCAUCUAGUCCUCCCGGCAGCUACGCAAAGCGGGUCCUGGUGACCGGCGGCGCUGGUUUCAUUGCGUCCCACGUGAUUGUCUCCUUAGUAGAAGAUUACCCCAACUAUCUCAUCAUAAAUCUAGACAAGCUGGAUUACUGUGCAAGCUUGAAGAAUCUUGAACCUGUUUCUAACAAGCAAAACUACAAAUUUAUACAGGGUGACAUUUGCGACUCACACUUUGUGAAGCUGCUGUUCGAGGUGGAGAAGAUAGACAUAGUGCUACAUUUCGCUGCACAGACACAUGUAGAUCUUUCGUUUGUCCGUGCCUUCGAGUUUACAUAUGUCAAUGUUUACGGCACUCAUGUCUUGGUAAGUGCUGCUUAUGAAGCCAGAGUGGAGAAAUUUAUUUAUGUCAGCACAGAUGAAGUAUAUGGAGGCAGUCUCGAUCAGGAGUUUGAUGAGUCAUCACCCAAACAACCUACAAACCCUUACGCUUCAUCUAAAGCUGCAGCUGAGUGCUUUGUGCAGUCUUACUGGGAACGAUACAAGUUUCCGGUUGUCAUCACCAGAAGCAGUAACGUCUAUGGACCACAUCAGUAUCCCGAGAAGGUUAUUCCAAAAUUUAUAUCUUUGCUGCAACACGGCAGGAAAUGCCCUCUAGGGCCUCUGGAAAUUGGCUUUCAGGAGUCACUGCUCACCGCUUGCGCCUGGUUUGGAAGCUUCUUUCUGCACUGCGUAAUUCUGACAUUUGAUCCACUUAGCUGUAUUCAUGGAUCGGGGCUUCAGAGAAGAAACUUCCUUUACGCUGCAGAUGUCGUGGAAGCCUUUCUCACUGUCCUCAGGAAGGGAGAGCCAGGUGAAAUUUACAACAUUGGGACCAACUUUGAAAUGUCCGUUGUCCAGCUUGCGAAAGAGCUAAUACAGCUGAUCAAAGAGACCAGUUCGGAGUCAGAAACGGAAAGCUGGGUGGACUACGUCCAUGACAGACCGCACAAUGACAUGCGAUAUCCAAUGAAGUCUGAAAAAAUCCACAGCUUAGGAUGGAAGCCCAAAGUACCCUGGGAAGAAGGAAUAAAGAAAACAGUUGAGUGGUACCGAGAGAAUUUCCACAACUGGAAGGACGCAGAAAAGGCCUUGGAGCCCUUUCCAGUUCAGCCGCCAUUUAUGUAACAGCCAGUCGGAGAAAAGGACAUUUCCUACCUCACCCAGUGACAUGAAAUCACGUGCCUAAUGAUGUGCCAGCUCUCCCUCCCGGAUGGGAUUCAGUGCAGAGUCCUCACAAGUCCAGUACUGGCCCAGGAUUCCGUGUGGAGAUUUCCUCGGCAGCAGACGUGGUGGACUUGAGCAGGACGAGGCCCCUGGUUCUGAGAGGAGGCAGGUGGUGG